AUGGUGUCUAUUCUGAAUGAAGACGACAAGGCGACGGUGAAGAGGGUGGUGCCCAAGCAAUCCAACAAGAUUCAGGCUGUCGGCGUAGCCAGACUCUACGUCGCCUACCCCAACCGUUCCAAAUGGACCUACACUGGAUUACAAGGGGCUGUUGUGCUGGCGAACGAUCUCGUUGGCAAUACGUAUUGGCUGAAGCUGGUUGACAUUUCCCCUGCGAACCGAGGGGUUCUCUGGGAUCAAGAGAUCUUUGACACCUGGACUUACAACCAAGACCGAACCUUUUUCCACAGCUUCGAGAUUGAGGAUUGUCUCGCCGGCCUCUCCUUCCCGCGCAACGAAGGCAACCCCUUUGGCGGAAACGGCCAACCUGCCCAGAAGCACGGCUUGUUUGGCCUCGACGAAUUCGCCCUGCUCAACGCCUUCGACCCCAGGUGGCGAGAAAAUUUUGGCCACGAUUUGAGGUCAAAGGGCUUAACGGAUGAUUUCAUCAAGGACAACCAGGAAUUCAUUAUUGACUUUCUCCGUGAAGAGCAGCUAGCCCAGCGCCAGCAACAAAGCGCCUCCCCGGCCGCUACCAAUGGCCACUCCAGGCCCCUCCACCACCUCCAGCUCCCUCGGAGCGAUCCGAACUCCCCGGCUCGGGGUCUGCUACCCGUCGUGGCCUACCUCCCGCCCCGCCCCUUCAAGACGUCCCGGUCGCGUAGAACCAGCCGUGAGACCCCCUCCCCUCCCAGCGAACCCCCGCCCCUCCGCGACCCAAAUUCAACGCCCCGCCAGCACUACCCGACGCGGGCAAGUUUGCGCACGCGGGCUCUUCUCGGCCAGUACCCGCCACCCCCGGCCCCGCUCCCCCUCCCCCACGGCCACCAAAGACGGCGCUCGGUGCCCCUGCGUCUGCACCUCCGUUACCUGGCGGCAGGCCGCCCCUCCAACUCCCAGUCGAGGGCCUGUCCCCCGCCACCGCCGUCUAGGGAGCCCAUCCACGCUGUUCCACCUCCCAUGUCGUUCGCGCCGCCUCCCCUGCCACCCAAAGUGCCUGCCUCGGCCGCUCCCGCGCCGCCCCCGGCGCCGCCCCUACCCCCACCUUCACAAGCUCGUCCCCGCCGAGCCCCCGACCUGUUCCCCGCCACCAGCAGCGCCCCCUCUCCCCUCAGCCAGCGCACCACCUGCCCCUCCACCUCCGCCGCCGCCAGGCCCGGCACCAGCGGUUGGCGGUGCCGCGCCGCCUCCCCACCACCAAUGCCUAACCGAGACUCGGGCUAUGCGUCAGGCGUCCCCAGCCUGCCCGCGGACUCUUCGCGUUCUGGUCUUCUCGACAGCAUCCAGAAGGCCGGCCCCCACGGAAGUGGUCUCCCGCCGUCUGGAGUGGCGCACGCAGGUGCCAACGGUAGCAUGGCUGACGCCUUGGCCGCCGCUCUGCAGAAGAGGAAGGAGAAGGUCAGCAAAAGUGAUGACGAAGACGACGACGACGACUGGUAG